UACAUGCGCGCGCACUGAACUCGCGCACUGCGGCGACGUCACACAUGGGGAAGGCGGUGAGGAGCCGCCGCUGCUGCUAAAGGCCUCAGGAUCCGGGACAAAAUGAGACUGAAGGGCAGAGGAGAAUCACUGUAACGGUACUGUACAAGAAGCCUGUCAUGUCCGGUCCCACCUGGCUGCCGCCGAGGACUCUGGACAGCCCAGAGAGAGCCGUCCCCCAGAUGUCCCACUCCGCCGGGGCAGCGAUCUACCGAGCCCCCAACAAGAAGGGUACGUCCGAGUUCAGACCAAAAUAUGGUCCCUACGACCAGAACGGAGGAGGAGGAGGAGGAGGAGGAGGAGGAGGGAUGACCAACAGGUACAUGGCGACUGGUCCCACAGGUGGACCAAUUCAUCAUUCAUCCGCCGAUCACUAUUACCCCCCUCCUCCUCCUCACGGGCCCAAAGACGACCGCAACUGGAGCCCUCACAUGGACAGCUACGAGCUGAUGCAUCGUGGCCCUGAGAAGCCGGCGGCCUAUCACUCCAACAUCGACGCCGAUAUCGACUCCCUCACCAGUAUGCUCGCUGACCUGGACAGCCACCCGCAGGACUCCAGCGCUCAACUCUACGACAACGUGCCUUACAACAAAUACCUCUCAGGAGAUCACUACAAACCUGCACAUCAGACUGCAGCUCCUCCUCAGGGUCGGCCGACGAUGGGCUACAGCUCUCACGCCCAGAGCCAGUACCACCCGGCGCCCCCUUACUCCAGCGACCACCAGGCGGCUCAGUACUCCGCCGCCCACCAGCAGGACUACUACACCUCCUCCGCUCCCAAGCCCUACCCUCAGCCCGUCCCAGCCUCCUACACCACUGCCUCGACUCCCACGGGGCCCAGGUUCAGCGUCCAGGUCAAGACGGCGCAGCCCGUCACCUACUCUCAGACGGGGAGGCAGGCCGAGCAGGCGUACACUCCGCCUCCUCCCCGACAGCACGUGUCGCGACCGCCGCCCCAGACUCAGACGGCUCCACAGGGCUGGUACCCUUCACAUCCCGGCUCACAGGUUCAGGAUAUGCACCCCGAGGGGGGCUACAAGGCGAGCGGCCCGGGACCCGGAGGGAGAGUCAACCAGGUUCCGGUGUCUAAGAGAGGGAUGGAGAAUAACAUGACGGGGCCGGGAGCUGCUCAGAGUCCUGCUUAUCAAAUGAGCAAGCAGGGGGUAGCAACGAGGCCCGAGGAGGAGCUGGAUCGACUCACCAAGAAGUUGGUUUAUGACAUGAACCACCCGCCUGCAGAGGACUAUUUCGGUCGCUGUGCCCGCUGCGGAGACAACGUGGUCGGAGACGGCAGCGGCUGCAUCGCCAUGGAGCAGGUGUUCCACGUGGAGUGCUUCACGUGCAUCACCUGCCACGCACGUCUCCGGGGGCAACCGUUCUACGCUCUCGACAAGAAGAGUUACUGCGAGAGCUGUUACAUUAGCACCCUGGAGCGCUGUUCAAAGUGCUCCAAACCCAUCCUGGACCGCAUCCUACGCGCCAUGGGCAAAGCCUACCACCCUCGCUGUUUCACAUGUGUGGUGUGUAACUGCUGCCUGGACGGCGUCCCCUUCACCGUGGACGCCACGUCUCAGAUACACUGCAUAGACGACUUUCACAGGAAGUACGCGCCCCGCUGCUCGGUGUGUGGCGAGCCCAUCAUGCCUGAGCCGGGUCAGGAGGAGACCGUCAGGAUCGUAGCUCUGGACCGCAGCUUCCACGUCAACUGUUACAUCUGUGAGGAAUGUGGACUCCUGCUGUCGUCCGAGGGCGAGGGUCGAGGCUGUUACCCGCUGGACGGCCACAUCUUGUGUAAGAGCUGCAGCGCUCGCCGCAUCCAGGACCUCUCGGCCAAAAUCUCCACCGACUGCUAACAAACCUUUUUUUUUUUUUCUCCAAAAACAAAUCGGACAGUAAACACACCACACGGCAUAAAUCGGUUCAUCUGUUACUGUUACUCCUGUUACUGAAGUUUUCUCGCUUCUCCUCCUCCUUCUUCUUUUAUUUCGUUACGUUUCCGUUUAGCUCAGUGUUACAGUGGCCUGAUCUGCAGGCAGCUUGGGCUCCACUCACCACUUUUCCACACCGGUACUGUUCACACCAUUAGCUCGCGCAUCGUAUAUCCCCGUCAAUCACAAAGGAAGCACGAGAGGACAUCACAGAAGACGACGGCUUGUUUCGACCGACCUAAACGAAGUCCUGAACUGUCUCGCGACACUAAAAGCACACAACGAAACUGUGAUUGUACAUAACAGACAGUGACAUUGGAAAUAAUCCCAGUUGCUUCGGAGAGUGUAGCCUUUAGUGCGGUGAAAAACUUGCAGUGAAGUAGAUGAAGAAGUAUAGACGAAAGGAAUGUGUAGGGUUUUUCUUUUCUUAAGUGUUUGCUAGCGCAGGUUAUUUCUCACGCGUCUCAACGUUAUGGAAUCAUGUUUAGUUAUUUAAUCUCUUAACAUUUGUUUGAAUGUCCGCAAAACACAAGGGUUGCUAUUUUUUUUGUGUGCGCGUGGAUACUUGACUGUUAUAUCGAAGCUGACGGUGCAAUGAAGUCUUCUGUCUAACUGGACAACAGGGUGUGGGUCACUGACUGCGUGAAGCCUCAGGUGAAGAGUUUGCGUACGUGCCAUUUGGGAAAUAAUAACAUAAUUUGUACGGUUUGAAAAUGAUUUUUACACAUUUGCUAAGGAUAAUGAAUGUCAAAUUUAAGGGGGUGACUUUUAUUUCCCCCUGAUAUAGGUCGUCCUUCUGGCUUCACUUAAUGUCAAUCCUUCCACUCCCACGAGACUUUGGAGCGACAUUGUUUGUUAUGAUUUGUGUUUAACCUCUUGUCCAUCCGUCCGCAUUUAUUUUUUCGUAUGUGUUUAACUUAAAAGGGCUAGAAAUUUGAAAGCCUUACCUCAAGGACGUCGUUCAGUUUCAUCAUGAUCCUGAAACUGUGAAUUCUGCAUUUUUUUUUCCUUCUUUUUUUUUUUGUAACGCUUGAUCACACUUAAUACGGUUCAGCUUUCGCCUCCCGUUUAUUUAUCUCGCGGUGUACAUAACUGUGCGAGGCUAACAUUGCAUUAAUGCUCGUAUAUGUCACUUUUAAAGCCCUGAGUCAUGGCGUCAUACUCUUUUUCGUUCCCGCUGCAGUUAUCCUUUUCACAUCCUCCUCGUGUUCACUUUAUAACGCUGUGAAUCGGAGCUCGUAGACUGAAGUCGUCCACAGAACUGCAGCCGUCUAAUAAUGGAUUCACCCUGAAGUUGGAUUAAAUUGAAGCGGAGGUUUGCAGCUCGCGGGGUGGCUUUGUCUCCUAAUGCAGGCUGUAGUGAUGUAAUCUGAUAUUAAAAUGUCACCAAAUGAA